GAUAUACAGGUGAAAAUUUAAGAUCAAAUGAGUGACUAAAAUUUCUGGAGUAAAGGUGGUUGUCAUGGCUUCUGAAUGGCUGAUACAUUCCCACCCUCAGACCCUCGCCUGACCCUAGACUGAAGAAUCAUCCAAGAUGGAGGAUCAUCCGUUUGUAGACCUGAAGAUUGACCCACAGGAAUUCCUUGAUGAAAUGGAUGGUCGUACUCUGUGUCCAAUGUGUGGAAAAUCACGGAAAUAUUACUGCUAUACCUGCUAUGUACCUGUCCAAGGCAUCGAGCACAAAAUUCCAAAGGUCAAGCUACCGUUCAAGAUUGACAUCAUCAAACACCCCAGUGAAUGUGAUGGAAAAAGUACCUCUGGUCAUGCGAGAGUUAUUGCCCCUGAUGAUGUCACUAUCUACACAUACCCCUGUAUCCCUGAUUACCCAGAUCGAGACAGGGUGGUACUGUUGUUCCCAGGGGAUGGAUCAAUAAACAUGGAGACAUUAGCCGAGAAGUUUUCUCCUGGUGUUAACAAUAACAGGCAGAAGGACAUAAGUAGGGAAGAUAAGCGUAGUGAUACAUCAGAGGAGAUAACAGAGAAUCCAUGCCUUGUAAAGUCAGUACCUAAAGGAGAUGAUCCCUAUAAUGGGGCUCACAAGGACAGCUCGUCAUCACUUGACAGAACACCAGCUACAGAAGAUGAACUUGACCAAAAGUCUGCAACAUCAGUAUCUGAUAACAUAUUACAGGCAGAUACAGACAUUCCACAUCUGAAGGAUGUGAAUACAGUAAACAGGAAAAGAAAACACUCGUUAGAUGGUGAGGUGGUCAAAAGGUCAAAGUUAAUAUCAGAGGUCAAACCUCCAUUUGACAGAGUAAUAAUAAUUGACAGUACAUGGAACCAGACAAAGAGGAUCAGCUCAGAUGAGCGACUCAAAGGUCUCACCUGUGUGGAGCUGAAAACCAGACACAGUAAUUUUUGGCGUCACCAGAAGGACCUCCCUCCAACCUACCUGUCCACUGUCGAAGCCAUCUACUACUUUGUACGAGAUUACCAUGACGUUUUUGUGACCAGUGGUGAUACUCUAGAGUAUGAUGGCCGAUAUGAUAACUUGCUUUUCCUUUUCACAUACAUGUACAACAAAAUCAAAAAAAUGUAUAAUGGUCGGAGAAACUUAAAGGCUUAUCAGCAACGAGAAGAGAAAGUAAAAUCAGAAAACAAAGCGUGAAAG